UUGCAAACUCGUUGCCUGAAAAUGAUGAAAUCUGUUGCUCUGCUCAUGCUGCUGCUUGGCUCUUUAGCUGCCCAGGAACCUAGACGGGAUGCUGAGUAUCCACCGCCAGCAAUUUUAAAAAUGGCCCAACACUUCCACGAUAUUUGUGCACCCAAAACUGGUGUCACUGAUGCGGCCAUCAAGGAGUUUAGCGACGGGGAGAUACACGAGGACGAGAAUCUCAAGUGCUACAUGAAUUGUCUUUUCCAUGAGUUUGAUGUGGUGGAUGAUAAUGGCGAUGUGCAUAUGGAGAAACUAUUCGAUUCCAUACCAACUGCAAAGUUGCGCAACAUAUUGAUGGAGGCCUCCAAGGGCUGCAUUCAUCCAGAGGGCGACACCUUGUGCCACAAGGCCUGGUGGUUCCAUCAGUGCUGGAAGAAGGCAGAUCCUGUCCACUACUUCUUGGUCUAAGAUGUGAAUGCCACAUAUGAUAUUUAUAUAUUAGCGAAUGUGUGUUUAUAUUUGUUUAAUAAAGGUUAAAGGUUCAUUGAAAAAUUAA